AUGUCGAGAUUCUUCAAGGGAGGCUCAAACGACAGUGAUGCAGAAUCCGUGGACUCCUCCGAAGGUAACCGUAUAGUUGCUUCGAAGACGAAGGCUGAAGAGUCUUCUUCAGCUGAGGAAGAAUCGAGUGAAGAGGAAAGCUCAUCAAGCUCCGCAUCAGAGUCUUCAGAAAGCGAAUCAGAAUCAGAAUCCGAGUCUGAAUCUUCGGAAAAUAAAGAUUCAAAGGUACCCGCAAAGAAGCCUAGCGUUUCGAAAAAACCAGUCUCUUCUUCUUCUGAAGAGUCCGAGUCCGAGUCCGAGUCUGACUCAGACUCUGAAACUUCUGAUGAAUCCGGGUCAGAAGAAUCUGAAAGCGAUAGUGAGGAUGAUAGUGAGAAUUCUGAAUCCGUGUCGGGUUCUGAAAACGAAUCCGAAUCCGAUAACCAGUCUGAAUCUGAAGGUGAAUCGGAGGGCGAUUUAGAAUCCGAGACAUCAGAAGCAGCUGGUCCCGACUCUUUCUUGAAGAAACCUGAAGAAGCCAAGCCUGCUGCUUCUCGUUUCCUUCGCGGUGAGAGUAGCGAAGAAAGCAGUGAUGAAGAAGAGGGUCGUCGCGUCGUCAAGAGUGCUAAAGAUAGGCGCUUGGACGAAUUUUUCGCUUGUAUCGAUAAUAUGAAGGACGCUAUGUCCGGAAACAAAUGGAUGGUAGUAUCUAAUGAAUUUGAUCAUUUAAAUAAGGUUGCUCAAAAGUCAUCCGAAGCCGGCCGUCGUCCUCCUGCUUAUAUUGAGUUUUUGUCAAAUCUUGACCAAAGAGUCGAGUCUUCCGACAAGGCUUUCAUUAAGAGUCUUGAUGCUGCUAAUGGUCGUGCUCUUAACGCUCUCAAGCAACGUGUUCGUAAAAUCAGCCGUCAAUUUACUUCAGAGAUCGAACGUUUCCGUAAUGAUCCUGAAGCUUUCAUGAAACCCGCUGCCGAAGUUGCUGAUGUACCCAAGGCUGCAGCAAAAGCUGGUCAAGACGAGGUUAUUGUCGGAGGCGUCGCUACACGGGGUAUCGUUGCUCCUACCACGGAUGAACCUAAGACCGAAGAAAUAUCUCCUUCCGACAUCUUUAAGCAUCUUCGUGCUAUUUUUGAGGCUCGUGGUAAGAAGAGCACCGAUCGUGCUGAGCAAAUUCGAUUCCUUGAGAAGUUGUCAUCUAUCGCUGUUACAGAUUAUCAGCGACUUCGCGUUAAGGUCGCUCUUUUGGCUGCUCGUUUUGAUAUUAACACUGGAUCUGGCCAAUAUAUGCCCAUUGAACAGUGGAAUGGCGCUUUGAAGGAACUUCAUAAUAUUUUGGAUAUUUUGGAUGCUAAUCGAAAGAUUGUUAUUGUCGAACAGGUUGAAGAUGAAUUCGAAGAUGAAGAUGAAGCCGUCGCCGCUAGUGGUAACAAUAAUGGCGUGGUUCAAGUUCAAGGCAGUGUCGUUUCUUUCUUGGAGCGUUUGGACGACGAAUUCACUCGCUCUCUUCAAAUGAUUGAUCCUCAUGCACCAGAAUACAUUGAACGUCUCAAGGACGAAACCGCCUUAUAUACAUUGCUUGUACGAAGCCAGGCUUACUUGGAGCGUAUCGGCCUCGUUGAGAGCACAUCUCGUUUAAUCAUGCGUCGUCUUGAGCGCGUCUACUACAAGCCUGAACAAGUCAUUCGUGCUAACGAGGAAGCAGCCUUGCGCUCUCUUUCUCCUGAGUUUGAUCUUGUUGUUACCCCUCGGGCUUCUACUGAUACUCCUGAUAAACUAAUCAACGCUCUUUGUGUCUACCUUUAUAAUCACGGUAUUAGUUUACUCCGAACUCGCGCUAUGCUCUGUCAUAUUUACCAUGAAGCUCUUCAAAACCGCUUUUAUAAGUCUCGUGAUAUGUUGCUUAUGUCUCAUUUGCAAGACAGCAUUCAUGCUGCUGACAUUGCUACACAAAUUUUGCAUAACCGUACCAUGGUCCAAAUUGGCUUGUGUGCAUUCCGUAAUGGUAUGAUCCAAGAAGCCCAAUAUGCUCUCCAGGAUAUUUCUACCACUGGCCGUAUUAAGGAACUUCUCGGUCAAGGUAUUCAAGCAGCUAGAUUUGGCCAGUUUAACCCUGAUCAAGAACGCUUGGACAAGCAGCUUGUUCUUCCUUUCCAUAUGCAUAUUAAUUUGGAACUUCUUGAGUGCGUUUACCUCACGUGCUCUAUGUUUAUGGAAAUCCCUGUAAUGGCUGCUGCCUCAUCAACUGCUUCUGAUGCUCGUAAGCGCGUUAUCAGUCGCCCCUUUAGACGUAUGUUAGAAUAUACGGAUAGACAACUCUUUAUCGGACCACCUGAAAAUACCCGUGAAUUCAUUAUGCAAGCUUCGAAGGCUUUAGCAGAAGGUGAGUGGCGCAAGGGUGAAGAAUUAAUUCAUGCUAUUAAAAUUUGGAACUUGAUGCCAGACACCGAAAAGAUUAAAUCUAUUCUCAGUGAUAAGAUCCGUGAAGAGGGAUUGCGUACUUACUUGUUAUCAUAUGCUGCAUUCUAUGACUCAGUAUCGCUUGAUUCUUUAGCGGAAACAUUUGACCUUUCUUUGGAACGUGUUACUGUCGUUGUUUCUCGUUUGCUUUCUAAGCGGGAGAUUCACGCUGCUCUUGACCAAGUGCAUCGUGCUGUAAUUUUUGAGCGGGUUGAGAUUAACAAAUUAGAGAAUAUGGCAAUCUCGCUUAGUGAAAAGACUUCACAAUUACACGAAGCAAACGAAAAGCUCUAUGAGCAAAAAACUCAACACACUAAUCCUCAAGAUAACAGACGUCGCGAAAAAACUGGAUCAGUGAAACGACGCAAUGAUCGUUCCGACAAUCGGGGUCGUCAAGACAUGAAUUAA